GCUAACUUGCCGCAAGCGACUCGUGCGAUGUUUACAGAAAUACAAAUCUUUAAAACUGCCUUAGUUUGGUCUGGUAACAGCCAUUUACUACUCAACUACCUUAAUCAACUAACAGCUCUUCAAGAUUAGGAGAGAUGGCAGACCAUGCCCCUUCUGUUGCCAUGGAGGCCGUCCUCAAGCCCAGUUGCGACCUCCCAGAGGACAUGCCGAAGAUCAAAGGCUACGACUUCAACCAGGGGGUCAAUCUGCAGGCAGUGCUGAAGUCCUACCUUACCACGGGCUUCCAGGCCAGCAGCUUUGGCUUGGCCGUCCAGGAGAUCAACCACAUGAUAGAGAAGCGUCUUGAGCCAGUGGAGGCAGGUGAAGGAAAUGAGAAUAAAGAGUCUGGUGAAUCCCCCAAAAACUCAGGCUGCACCAUCUUCCUGGGCUACACCUCCAACCUCAUCAGCUCCGGAGUCAGGGAGAGCAUCCGUUACCUGGCAGAGCACAAAAUGGUGGAUGUCAUUGUUACCACAGCUGGAGGCAUUGAGGAGGAUUUGAUCAAGUGUCUGGCUCACACAUAUUUGGGAGACUUCAGCCUGCCUGGCAAGGAGCUCCGUCUGAGAGGGAUUAACAGAAUAGGGAACCUAUUGGUGCCCAAUGAUAACUACUGUAAGUUUGAAGACUGGCUGAUGCCCAUCCUGGACCAGAUGUUGCUGGAGCAGAAGACAGAGGGCACCCAUUGGACUCCCUCCAAAAUGAUCCAUCGGCUUGGCAAGGAGAUCAAUAAUACUGACUCUGUCUAUUACUGGGCAUACAAGAAUAACAUUCCAGUGUUCAGUCCUGCUCUGACAGACGGCUCUCUUGGUGACAUGAUCUACUUCCACUCUUAUAAGAACCCCGGCUUGGUAUUGGACAUAGUGGAAGAUAUCCGCAGGUUGAACAGCCAGGCAGUGUUUGCCAAAAGAACGGGAAUGAUCAUCCUGGGAGGAGGGCUGGUCAAACAUCACAUAGCUAAUGCUAAUCUCAUGAGGAAUGGAGCCGACUAUUCAGUGUAUGUAAACACGGGUCAGGAGUUCGAUGGCUCAGACUCUGGGGCCAGACCUGAUGAGGCCAUAUCCUGGGGCAAGAUCAGAACAGAUGCAAAACCUGUCAAGGUGUAUGCAGAUGCCUCUUUAGUCUUCCCUCUGAUAGUGGCCGAGACCUUCGCUCUCCACGCCGACAAGCUGACCGCUGGCAAGAAAACAGAUUAAACGGUUGCCUCCUUAAAUGCUCUGUUAGAAACAACAAGCUGCUUUGGUGCUCUGGUUCUUCCUUUGUUUGUCUAAUUGAACAUAUGAGUUUGAUCUAAUGAACCUUUCCAUUGAAAAUACAUGGUUACGACUUGGCAACUUUAAGAGGCGGCAUUGUGAUGUUGUCAUACAUACAAUGCUGCAAUUGAACUCCUUGGUGAAUGGGAAGCAAUGUUGAGGGUUUCCUGUCUUAAUGCUUUCCAUACAAAUAUUUACUUGUUUAAACAAGUACAGUUUUUUUUCUCUCUAUCCUGACAGCUGAAAUCGCAUGUGUAGCAUGCUAUAGCAUGCACCAGAGACACUGCAGAGAAUGCAUCAGGUUUUAGCUGGGAGUGUGUGUCUGUCUCUGUGUGUGUAUGCGUGUGUAUGUGGUGGUGGUGGUGGGGGGGGGGUGUUAAUUUAUUCCAGUUCAGCUGUGGCAGUUGCAUCACUUGAAUAUUACCUUAUUGCUUCUCAGAUUUUAUAUUAUCUCAAUCUUACUGUUACUGUUCCAGGAUGAAAGAUGAUGAUAUGGAAUGAUGAUAAUAAAUCUUUCAGUAAUCAUUUC